AUGUAUACGCCCCCGGCCACGGCGGUCUCUAAUCCAUCAACGGGGACGAUAUCUCUGACAUCUGAAACUGCAUUUCUUCUGCAGACAUAUGUCCGCACAGUCGCCACAUGGAUGGAUCUUUUCGAUUUCCAGAGCUCUUACCAGCUACGAGUGCCUCGACUAGUGCUCAACUCACCCUUAUUGUUCCAUGGCGUGUGCGCUUUCACGGCGAAUCAUCUAGCGCUUUCUAACGCGAGCAACAACCCUGCUUGGAGAGUGGUAGCAGUAAAGCACUAUGGUGAGGCGCUGCGUUUACUCAUUGAAGCCUUGAGCAUGCCUGAUCAUGAGCACGCUCUAACAGCCAGUAUGUUGCUACUGAGCUACGAAAUACAUAAGGCUCAAAGGUCUGAAGACUACCGACGACAUUUUCUGGGUUUGUCAACUCUGAUCAGGUCUCGAGGAAUUACUGCACAGAGUCCUGGCACAGAUCGAGCGAACUUCUGGAUAUACGUCAGACAUGAGAUUGCACUCGCUUUCUCAAGUGGAACGACGCUGGUACUGGAUCCCGUCGAAUGGGCAGUGACUUGGAUGGAAGGGGAAACGCGUGAGGACGUCCUGGGCAAUCAUGUUGUGUGGAUUUUGGCCAGAGUCGUUAACCUGAUUCACGGCCCGCAUGGGCGAUCUACUGCCAGCAAAUCUAAACGAGAGGCUUUUCUGGAGGAGCUUGAGGUCUGGCGCGCCGGCUUGUCAGACACGUUUGUUGGUAUCCCGUACGGCGAGCAGGACGAAGAGGGUUUUCGUAAGGUCUACUUCCCGGUCGUCGCUGCCGCUGCCGCCGCCUUUUGGUACCAUAUUGUUCACAUCCUUCUCUAUGCAGAGCCAACGCUACAGGACGAUAGCUACAUACCUCUCAUUCAAGAGCAAGCUAUGCAAAUCACAAAUAUCGCCAUUUCAGAUUUCCCUGCAGCUUUGAAAGUCUUCUCGACCCAUGGUCUGUUCUACGAUCCCUCGUUGACUUAUCUACAGCUGCAAAACACAUUCAGGGCAUUUCUCGAAAAGCACGUAUAUGGAAUGUACUCAAAGUUGUUGAAGCAGAAACCGGGAUACAAUACAAGAGCGACCGUCAAGCAUCUGCAAGAUCUUGUUGAGCAGGACCGCUGA